UGUAUGACAUUUCAAUCGUUUUGUCUAUUAUAAUUGUUUGAAAAAAGUUAAAGGAUCUGACAGGUUACCUCCACGCUCGUUUGUUGUCACAUGAUCUGAGGCUGUAAGCUACCAUUAGCUAGCUUGUUAGCAGCUAGCAGUGUUAGCUAGCCUUCGGGGCUCACCAGGAAGCAACCUGACGUGUUGAGCCACACAGAGGCGAACAGCUGUCAAACAUAAAUAUAAUUUAAGUCACUUUAUGAUUCAUUCCUCGUAUAUCCUGUAACGGUCCGGCUAAAUGUAAGCUGGUUAAACGUUACCUACAUGGCAGCUCACGUCAACAAAAAGUAAACGAGCAUGUGACCUAGGACCAGAGACAAAAGCACAUGAUCUUUACAAGUGGAUGAGGCAAAUCAUCAAUCAGGGGCAAAUUAUUUCAACGGGGUCCAUUGGGAGUGAAUAGCCAUGACAACAAAGACAUCUCUGCUGAAAGUCAUCCUGCUGGGUGACGGUGGCGUAGGAAAAAGCUCCAUCAUGAAUCGCUAUGUUACUAACAAGUUUGAUGCACACCUUUUCCAUACUAUUGGGGUGGAGUUCCUCAACAAGGAACUGGAGGUAGAUGGCCACCAGGUUACCCUACAGAUCUGGGAUACUGCUGGUCAGGAGCGUUUCCGCAGCCUGAGGACUCCUUUCUAUCGUGGCUCCGACUGCUGCUUGCUCACCUUCAGUGUCGACGACAACCAGAGUUUCCUCAACCUAGGCAACUGGAAGAAGGAGUUCAUCUACUACGCAGAUGUCAAGGAGCCAGAGAAGUUCCCGUUUGUAGUCUUGGGCAACAAACUGGAUGUGACAGAGAGGCAGGUGUCUGCUGAGGAGGCUCAGCAAUGGUGCCAGGAGAAUGGUGACUUCCCCUAUUAUGAGACCAGUGCAAAGGAUGCCACCAAUGUAGCGGUGGCCUUUCAGGAGGCAGUGCGUCGAGUGUUGGCAUUGGAUGAAAGAACGGACCACCUCAUCCCCACAGACACUGUCAAGCUUCACAGAAAGCCUCGCUCUGCUGGUGCUUGCUGCUCAUAACAUUCAGAAGUUAUCACUAAUAUUAUUUUGCUGUCUCUGCCUGAUAUGUAAUGAGGCUGUAGGUGUACAAUGCUAUUGUAACAUCUUAGUUAAACAAACAAUGCUACUGGCUUUAUGGGUUAUUGUACUGUUAAGGCUAACAGUUGGAGUUCCUUUUGAAGGGGUGGGAAACACUAAAUUUAGUUCAGCCAAAAAGUAUGGCUGAGUUCUGCCACACUUAAUGUCCAGCUUUAGGGGAACUCAUGAGAAGCAUUUAGUUCCCCAUAGUUAUCUUCUUUUGAAAACAAAAAAUAAAUCAUGAGGGAAAAAAAUCUUUUUGAAAACCUUCCUUUUUCUCAAUGUAUACUACCUUUGUAUUGCAAUUUUCAUAGGGCUUCUGAACUUAACUCCCAAUUAUAAUAAUGCAGAUAAGAGUGAUUAUUUGUAUUCAGAAAGUGCAUCAUUUAAUAUUUAUACACACCAUUAACAUAAUUUCUGAAAAUAAUGAAGUAGCUAAGACCAACUUUGUGUAACUUACAAAUUGAGGCUUGUUGUGAUUUUUGCACCUUUGGAUCUUGUUUGUGCACAUUCUUCAUAGUGAAUAGUUUAUGGCUUUAUGCUGGAAGCACUGAAGGACAUGAUCCCUAAGAGAAGAUAAAUAGUAGGGCAUAGCUAACAUGCAUGGCAUACAGAGUGCUUACAUUUCUGGAAACUUUUUUAUUUUGUAAAUAUUUUUAACUCAAUGUUCACACGAUCAACAAAUAGAAGUCAUUAUUGGAAAAAUGCGGUCCUAAUUGUUGGGUUGGUUUCUAGAUUGAUGAUUUUGAUCUUUACAGCACUAUAUUAACUUUUUUUUUUAAAUGUUUGAAGUUUCUACCCAUGGUUUAAUAUUUAACAUGGUGAACCAUUUAUUUACCUUGACUGCCUCUUGUUUUGAUUUCAUAUCUAUUCAAAACUGUACGACUGGUAUGCCAAAUGAUGAAUAAACCCUGAGAAUUGUCUCCUUAA